AAGAGCGCGAUAAGCGGACCGCGCUUUAUAAACGCCUAUGCGUGUGCGCACUUCUCUUCUCUCCUCUCCUCUCCGUCUCUCUUGCUCCCUUGUUCUCGCGCCGACCUCAUCGCCGUCGCGCUGAUAAAAGACGAAUCUGGAGUUUUCCUCGAGAAAGAGCUCCGCGCGCCGCUACCAGUUCGGAACUGACGAUGCCUCGUGGCGGUCACUAGGGCAGCGCGGCGAACGACGAUUUAAUAUCCGGACCCGCGGUAAGAGUUUCCUCAAACCUCUCGCUCCGUCGCCGAUAACGAUCGGGGUCACGGUCGCGUCCCGCACUCCGUGCACGAGCGUGAAGCGACAUCGAUGCCUGGCGAUUUCAUUCGGUUCGAUUUGGAGAGACGUGAAUCGUAUGAAUAAGAUAUACGUAGACUGAACAAUUGCAAUUUAUAGAGAGUCCCACGUCUACAUGUCAAGCGUCGUACUCGUACGAUUUUUCAAGGUAGUAACGCACGCCUGUAAGCUCGACCGGAGAAGGAAGCAAUGGUCGAUGUGAGUUACUUGAAGACGGACGAUCAACACGUCACGCAGUAUGUCGAGAUAAUUGAAAUCGAGCGUCGAAGUCUCUCGAGGCGUCUGGGCCUGGAUGAAUGCACGGCGCGAUGAUUAGCAUGCAGACGGUCUUGAACAAUGUAACCGGGCCCGAGCAGCCGCAGGAGGAAGUUGAGCUGACCGAAUUGUUGCCGGUGAAGCAAUCACGCAUCAGAGAGAAUGUCUUCAAGGACGCCGACACGACCGACGCUUUGAGAGCGCUCAGGAGUCUCUCGGGCGACUGCGGCGAUGGCGAGAGCUUUGACCUGCGGGAGUUCAAUUUCUGCAAGAACGUCGAGCACUCGGAACGCCAGGGUGGCAAGCACCGACGAGCGGCGGCUCGUCAGAAAAGAACGGAAGAGGCCAAGAACAAUGCUAAAGACGUGGAGGACCUCGGCGAAGAGAAAAGUAACGAGGUAGCGGAGAAGAAAGUGCGCAACGGCAGGAAGCUCACUCGCGUGAGAGCACCGAAAAGAAAGCUGUCGAAGACGAGCAAGAGGAAGGACAAUUGUGGAACGGAGAAAUUGAUUAGAAAGGAUACCGCCGGAUGCGACGAAGAAGACAUUAAUGAACAAUCGUACUUGGACUUGGGAAAGAAAGACUGCUUUAAGGAGGUGUACGUAUACAGACGGGAACCGCUGGAUCCAUGUUCGAGUUCGGAACCAGAGGAGUCAGGAGCGACCAGUCACAAAGACUUUUGCGAAGAUUAUCCCACUACAGAUGGAGAAUUGUUUGAUGAGAAGAAAAAAUUCGCUGGAAAGGUUUCCGGCGUAGACGAGAAGGAGAAAUGCAAGUCCAAAGCAGAUAACGUCGCUGAGAAAGAAGAUCCUGAAAAGGAGCUCAGAUUAAGAGUCAACGCCAUCAUUCAAGCGAAUUUCUUGCUGGAGCGUGAGAACAACAACGUUGUCGGUUCUGACGGGCUGAAAAUCGCGGAGCACAUUGGCACCACCUCCUCGAUAAACGCGGAGAUUAGCGACGGUUCUCUGUACAAUUCAAUAGAGAAGAAGACGAGGAGGAAGCGAAGCGAUCAGACCAGACAGUUGAAGGACCAGCCAACUCCCCAGAAAAAAUACUGCUGCGUCGUGUGCGACGCGCGAUUCAAGGGUAGCGGCGGUCUACGAAAUCACUAUAAAGUAGUGCACGGGGCCGGGCCGGUGUUCACGUGCGACGAGUGCGGCAAGGAGUUCCCGCUGAAGGAGCGAUUGAAGCUGCACGUGCGCACGCACACCGGCUUCAAGCCGUACAAGUGUCCGGAGUGCGACAAGAGCUUCGCGCGGGGUGGCCAGCUGGUGCAGCACCGUCGCACGCACAGCCAGGACAGACCGUUCCACUGCAAGCUGUGCUCCAACACGUUCACGUGCGCAGCCAAUCUGUCGCUACACCUGAAGCGACACAACGGCCAGAAGGAUCACAAGUGCGACCUGUGCGGGCGCGCCUUCGUGCGCCGCGACGCCCUGAAGAAACAUCUCGAGUGCCUGCACCGCGACGUCAAGUCCUUCCUCUGCGCGAUCUGCAACAAGACCUUCAAGGGCCACCUACCGCAGCACAUGAGGACGCACGCGCGCGACCGUCCGCACGGCUGUGCCACGUGCGGCCAGCGAUUCGCCCAGAAGUCCCAACUGACCGUGCACCAAAGGACCCAUUCCGGCCAGCGACCGUUUCGCUGCCUAGUUUGCUGGCAGGCCUUCGCCCAUUCGACCGCCCUGAAGCUGCACACCCGACGUCACACCGGGGAACGGCCGUUCAAGUGCUCUGAGUGCAAUGCCGGUUUCACUCAGCUGCCGCAUUGGAAGAAGCAUAUGAAGUGCAUACACGGCAGGAACGAUCCAUAUGGCUGCAAGCGUUGCAAAAAUUUUUUCAGGAUUAAGAGCGACCUGGAGAACCACGAGAAGACUUGUCAUCCAGAGGUGGAGGCGGAGGACGACGAUGUCGGCGCUCCUGUUAAACCGGCCGGCGGCUCCGAGCUUGUCGAGAAGAACUCCGUCACCGCCAAGUACAAGCUGAUGACGGUGGAGAAGAUGCGGCUGCUGCUGGCGGUGCUGCUGAAGAGGAUCAGUAAGCAGGAACGAUUGGACGAGCUCGGCUUCGGCAAACGUCUCAUCGACGACGUUCUUCAGGACUCCCUGGUGUCCGCCGGCAAAGAACCGGUCACGGGCAGCGGUUUGUCCGAGCUUGAGGCCCUCACCCGGAAUCUAGAAAUCUUUCUAGAAUGGACAGUGCCGAAGGAGCACUGGGAGAAUUUCCGUAAAAUGAAAAAGUCACCCGAGGAUAUUUUGGAGACGCUCACAGCCACGUAGACGCGUUUGUACACAUUAACGGUAGCUCUAGUUUCCUCUCGACAUGAAGAAGAGUGAGAUCAAAUCAGUAGCAAUGACAGCAACUUUUUUUGCGCUCAGUUUGCAACUAUACCAAAAUUUGCACCGAAAUUUAAUUAUUUUGUCCACGAAUUGUAUUAUUCCUAAUACUUCAAUCUGUCAACGUCAUACGCGACUUUUUUUAUCUAUAACUUUUAUGCAUUUUUCUUCUCUUUUAUAAUUUAUGAUUUAUCGCAAAGAACUUUUAGAAAGUGAAGUAGAAUGCCGGAAGCUGCAAUGCGGUCACGAUAUGAUCUCUGCAUCCAGUACUCUUAAUAAUGAUAAAGACUAAUAACAAUUUUCAAGAAAAUUCUAGAGGACUGUUGAGUAAUUUCUAAUCGCAGCAAUCAACCGACGAUAAGACGAUCGAGGUUCUCCGUGUGAUAUCUAAUCUAUGAUAACUAACGAAUGCUAAUUUCUUCUGUGGUGCCAUGUGUCAUAAUACUUGCCAUACUAAACCAGUGAGUACAUCGUAUGAUUUAGGGGAGCUAAGUGAAUAUCCUUUUACUUUAUUGUAGCGUAAGGUAAGCCAUCGCAAUGGAGUAGAGUGUCCUACUGUCGAGUUAAAUUAACGAGAGCCAGGCACGUUUCUGAAACGACAGAAGUAAACCGCCGCGCUUCUUCGGCGACUGAUUGUGAGAUAGCGUUAGACGUUUCUCUUGCCAUACUCUGUUAGAAACGCUGGCGAAGGUACACGGAUAUCGUUUUAGCACAUAAUAUUUUACUCUAAUUAUAAGCACGACUGUUCGUAUACCAAAAAGCAAACAUCCAGAAACGAGGCUAGCACGAGUCAUUCGCAAUUACGUUCUUUCACGCGCAAUCGUUAUCCUAUAUAUAUUUAUGAAGAUAUACAUCUAUAUACAUAUCUAUUAUAUAUACAUACACAUUUAUGAAUUAAAUAUUAUGAGAUUUUGUUAUAUAUAAAUGUGUUCACGGGGGCGUCUGGAAAACGGCGAUUUCGACACAUUCUUGCGCGAUGUGUUCCCGUUGUAGUUGAUACUAUUAUUCGUUAUUUAUCUCACUUAUACGUUACACUCGCGCGCAACUAGAGGCUUGACUGGCCGCGGAUGAGUAAACACGUCGGUGUGCCGUGACAUUGCCAUCAUUUUAGAUAGUCAUUAAGUAAAUGUGAGCAGACAAUAAUGAACGAAGGUUGGGAGUUUAGUAUAUAUUAGUCAUUGAGAGAAAAAGAUAUAUAUAUAUUAUAUCCAUAUACACACAUAUAUAUAUACAUUGUAUAUAUAUAUAUUGGUAUUAGACGAACAUAUGCUGAUGGUCGCGAAGGAAGAGGAACGCAAUAUCUUUUUCUUAUCGAUUCUGAAGAUGUUAAAUUUCCAAAAAUGAACUUAUUUCUCGAUGAACGAAAGUAGAAAUGUACAGUAAAAUAGACUAUCAAGGUAUCUGAUGUAAAUCAUUCUUUUUCUAGACGAGGAUGUUUUUACUAGCGCAUAAAAUCAAAAUUAACCUGGUAUUCCUAGACUGAGCAUCAGUUCAAUGUAAAGAACAAAAUUCUAAGCAAAGUUCCUUUCCUCGACGUACCAUAAGGAUAUUUCUUAAGCGUGCGCUGGAUUAAAAAUAGUCAAAAAUACUGCAGUUGGAGGUGCUAUUUUAUGCGAUGUAAUCGUUUGCGAUAUCUAAGCUGUUAUUUGAAAAGAGAUUCGUUUUCCGAGCUUUCUUUUCAGCACGCAAGAACGAUCGGGAUGUUAUCGAGUCCAAAGACUUUGUUACUUUCAUUGCCAAAUAUGUACCGUUACGUUUUAUAUGAUUUUAAUUUUAUUAUUAGCAGGCACCAAGAUACGCAUUUUGCAUCGUAAAGCUGUGGAGAGGAAAGAGAGCAGCAACGCGUAUUCAUGCGUGUGACGCACCUUAAUGUAUUAACAUGAGCCCGAAUGUAUGGCGCACGUAGUUACUUAGCGUUUUCAAAUUUAUUCGGAAGAUCGAAAUCUACGCUUGCGGAUGCAAAUGCGGGUCGGAGUGCACUUUGAAUAUAGAUCGAGGUCGGAGGAGAGCCGUUUCGAAUGGUCGGCAGGAAGCGUAGCUUCCCAUAUUUUUCCUCGACCGAGUCCACUGACUUCGAUGAUUUUGAGUUACGGUGCCAAAGCAAGUAAAUCGCGAGAACGACUGUGUCCCUUUCGCGAAUUUUAUUCUUAUUUUUCUUUUCGCGCGAAAUGAACUUUGAAUUACGUUUCUUUCUCUUUCCAGCAUCGACAAGAUCGGGAUGCUGGAUUUAUUGUUUUUCUUUAGUGCCAUAAACUAAACAUAGUAAUAUUUGUACAUUAAUAUAUUGUGCGAUAUGUGGGAGAAGACGAUUUGAAUAAACACGUUUCUUUA